GCCGCCGAGCCAGGGGUCGCCGCGGCGGGCUGCCCCUGCGGCCCCCGGAGCCAUGGGCAAGUGCAGCGGGCGCUGCACGCUUGUCGCCUUCUGCUGCCUGCAGCUGGUGGCUGCGCUGGAGCGGCAGAUCUUUGACUUCCUGGGCUACCAAUGGGCUCCCAUCCUGGCCAACUUCCUGCACAUCAUGGCGGUCAUCCUGGGCAUCUUCGGCACCGUGCAGUACCGCUCCCGGUACCUCAUUCUGUAUGCAGCCUGGCUGGUGCUCUGGGUUGGCUGGAAUGCAUUUAUCAUCUGCUUCUACCUGGAGGUUGGACAGCUGUCCCAGGACCGGGACUUCAUCAUGACCUUCAACACGUCCCUGCACCGCUCCUGGUGGAUGGAAAAUGGGCCUGGCUGCCUGGUGACACCAGUUCUGAACUCCCGCCUGGCCCUGGAGGACCACCAUGUCAUCUCUGUCACUGGCUGCCUCCUUGACUAUCCCUACAUUGAAGCCCUCAGCAGUGCCCUGCAGAUCUUCCUGGCACUGUUCGGGUUCGUGUUCGCCUGCUACGUGAGCAAAGUGUUCCUGGAAGAGGAGGACAGCUUUGACUUCAUCGGCGGCUUCGACUCCUACGGAUACCAGGCGCCCCAGAAGACGUCGCAUUUGCAACUGCAGCCUCUGUACACGUCAGGGUAGCCGCUGCCCCGCGCCGCGCCCUGGGCGCCCCGGACUGCCAGCCGCUGCGAGCUCGGGCCUCG